AUGAAAAGUACAAUGCACAUAUAUGUUGAGCAUAAAGGUGAUGUUCAAGAAGAUGACGUAUGUGAUGUUCAAGAAGAUGGUGUAGGAAAUGUUCAAGAAGAUGAAGUAGUUGAUGUUCAUACAAAUGAUGUAGUUGAUGGUUUAUUAUUUGAUGAUAGUGAGGAUGAGAGGGCUGCUAAGUUGGAUAAUUGCUUUAAAGACCGGGGCGUAAGUGGUGGGGUAAAAGUUAAAGCAAAGAAGCACAAGAUCACUCCAAAGAAACUUCCAACUGUUGUUGAUAAUGCAGGUUCAUCUAGUGGUGUAGAUAAUGAGAUGGACGUCAAUUAUGCUAGUGAAGAGCUUGGCGGCAGUGACCCUGGUGCUUCUGAUGAAUAG